UGUCAAGCAGAGCGUAUAAGAUGUUAUUGCUAUUACUAGUAAUUUUACCUAUUUUUUUUAUAUGGAUGCAUCGGAUAUACUCUUAUUGGAGUAGAAAUGGUGUGCCUGGACCACAACCUUUACCGGUUGUCGGAAAUUUUUUAAGAAGUUUUACUGGAGAGAUGAAUGCUGGAGCUAUCGUUGCUAAAAUUUACAGGGAGUACGAAGGCCAUUCUUUUGUAGGAGUAUACAAAAAUGCAACCCCAGUACUAGUAAUACGGGAUCCAGAUUUUAUAAAAAGUAUAUUAACAACAAAUUUUAAAAACUUUCAUGAUAAUGAUUUUCAAGUUGACAAAGAAGUGGAUCCUAUUCUUGGCCGAAAUCCAUUUGUAAUGAAAGGAGCAGAAUGGCGAGCAAAAAGAGCACAGCUUACAUUUUGUUUUACGUCAGGAAAGAUAAAAGGAAUGUACAAAUUUUUAGACAAAAAUAGUAAGAAUAUGAUAAAGUAUAUCAUAGAAGAAUCCAAAUCUCAACAACCUUUAGAGGCCAGAGAAAUUUGUAUCAGAUUUACACUCGACAACGUUGCAGCUUGUGCUUUCGGAUUAGAAGGAAAAUGUUUUGAGGAAAAUUAUUCCGAUUUUAGAGAUGUGGCAAAUAAGUUCUUAUCACCGGAAUCACUAAGUAGUCUGCAGUGGCUUUUGUUUACAGUAUGGCCCAAAGCUCAUAAAUAUCUUAAGUUUAAAUUAGUACCUAAGGACGUGGAAGAUAAACUGCUUGAAUUAGUAAGGGAUUCGAUCAAAUAUAGGGAAGAAAAUAAUUUAGUUUUUAACGACUUUCUUGAUGUUGUUAGGAACUUACCAACAGACUCCGGUCUAUUUACUGAAAUGGACAUUACUGCUCAUGCUGCCAGUUUCUUCGCUGAUGGUUAUGAAACAAGUUCUAGGGUAAUGAGUUUCCUUUUAUUUGAACUGGCAUCCAAUGAAUAUGCACAAGAAAAGUUACGGAGCGAAAUUAAUGAAGCCUUGGAAAAUAACAAUAAUGAAUUUUCGUAUGAUCUUAUUCAUGGUUUACAAUAUUUGGAAGCAUGCUUAAACGAAAGCAUGCGAAAAAAUCCUGUCGUAUACUAUCAAGGUAAACUAUGUACGGAAGAAUUCACAUACACUCCAACAAAUCCAGAUUAUAAAAAAAUUAGCGUUACUUUAAAACCAGGAGACGCUAUUAUGUUACCAUUCGAAGGAUUACAGAAUGACCCUAAACAUUUUGAUAAUCCUGAUCAGUAUCUACCAGAAAGGUUUUUGGAAAAUGACUACAAUAAAUUUGCCUUUUUUCCAUUUGGAAUGGGACCACGUGCUUGUCUAGGUCAACGUUUUGCUCAGACUCAGAUAAAAGUUGGGAUCGCAUACAUUGUUAAAAACUUCAAAAUGACAAUAAACUCAAAAACGAAGCUUCCCUUUAAAUUGGAUACCUACUACUUAUUUCGUCAUGUUAUUGAUGGCAUGUGGAUCAACUUUGAAGAAAUUAAAUAAAAUCAUAUAUGUAAAUAAUUGUUAAUGUACGUAAAGAUAUAAUUUGUUUUGAGUGGAUGAAAAUAUAAAAUAAAUUUGGUUAUGUAAAUUAACUACUUAAAA